AUGGGGGCUAAAGUCCUGCAGAUCCUCAGAACUCGCUUCUUGGCCAGUCCAGCCAUAGUGGCCAGCUCUAGAUUCAAUAUGAGGAGGACCUGUAUCCAAAAAUUUCAAGCUGAGAAGUACAAAGCUGAAGAUGAGAAGCAGAGAGAUAAGGUUUCCUCCAAGAAUUCACUGGAGUCCUAUGCCUUCAACAUGAAAGCAACAGUUGAAGAUGAGAAACUUCAAGGCAAGAUCAAUGAUGAGGACAAACAGAAGAUUCUAGACAAGUGUAAUGAAAUCAUCAGUUGGCUGGAUAAGAACCAGACUGCAGAGAAGGAAGAGUUUGAACACCAGCAGAAAGAACUGGAGAAAGUCUGCAACCCCAUCAUUACCAAGCUGUACCAGAGUGCUGGUGGCAUGCCAGGAGGGAUGCCUGGUGGCUUCCCUGGUGGUGGAGCACCUCCAUCUGGUGGUGCUUCUUCAGGCCCCACCAUUGAGGAGGUGGAUUAAGUCAGUCCAAGUAGAGGUGUAGCAUUGUUCCACAGGGAAACAAGUGAAGGACCCAGAUUUAUUUAGCAAGUUACAUGGCAGUUAAAUUAAACUGCUACAAUAAAUUUCUGGGCAUUCUCAAUACUUGAACAUGGAACAUGUGCACAGGGAAAGAACAUUGCACUUUAUAACACUGUAUCUAUCCUAGGGUGGAAAAUGCAAUGUCUAAUAAAACUAUUUAAAUUGGCACCACAAAAAAAAAAAAAAAAAAAAA